AUGAACCUCAGCGGGCCGCUCGACGCGCCCGCCGACCAGACGGCGCCGCCGACGGUGCCCGUGUGGGUCUCGGGCGUGCCCGACGCCGAGCGCCGCCUCACCGCCGCCGGCCAGAUCGAGGAGCUGGCGUACAGCAGCUCCACCGCGCUCUUCGUCUACGAGAGCGCCGCCAACGGCGGCCUCGGCGCCUGGGCCGAGGCCGAGGCGCAGCGCGCCGUCAGCAAGGGCUUCCACAGCCGCACCAAGGUCAUCAGCAUGCAGACGCGCACCGGCGCCGGCACCGCCAUCGCCGGCUACGUCGCCGAGCGCGGCUCCAGCAGCACCCAGCCCGUCACGGCCGGCGCCCUCAAGAAGGUCGUCAGCGUGCUCGCCAACGCCCAGGCGCUUGUCGGCAUGGCGCCGGCGCUCGCCGCCAUGCCCGUGAGUGACGCGCGCCUCGUGCUGCACGUCAGCUCCGCCGCGCAGGCCAUCGACGCCGACGGCACGGGCUCGCUGAGCGUGCACAACGACUACGCCAGCGUCGCCGCCGCCACGGCGGCGCUCAGCGAGGCGACGCAGCCGUUUGCCGUCGUGCUCUCCGGCUCGCGCUCCGAGGCCGUCGCCGUCGCGGCGGCUGCCUACGACGCCGGCGCGCAGGGCAACAACGUCGUGCACGUCUUCGACGGCGCCUUUGCCGCGCGCGAGGUGGCGCCGCUGGCGCGCGCCGAGGCGCAGAUCGCGCCCACGCUCACGCAGGCGCUCGCCGCCCGUGGCCUGUCGCACUUCGACUACGCCGGCGCCGACAAUGCCACGACGGUGCUCGUGGUGCCCAACGGCCCGCACUUCCUCGCGGCCAAGAGCAUGCUGGCGCGCGCCGCCGACACGUCCGUCGGCGUGCUGGGCGUGCGCGUGCUGCGUCCCUGGGACGACGCCGCGCUGCUUGCGGCGCUGCCGUCCAGCGUGCGCCGCAUCCACGUGCUCGACGAGGUGCGCGCCGGCAGCUCCGGCCUGCUGUUCGACGAUGUCCAGGCCGCGCUCCUCAGCGACUUCACGGCCGCGCCGCGUGCCGUGCUCCCGCUGGCUCUCGCCGCGGGCCAGAGCCUGACGGCGGCGCAGUGGGCCGCCCUGCUCCGCACCGCCGCCCACGCCUCGGACGCCAUCAACAUCGCCACGCUCGAGGUUGACGAGGCGCUCAGCGCCGGCCUUCUGGGCGCCCAGCGUCUCGCCACGUUCCUCGACGGCGACUCGUCGCCCACCAGCGGCCUCGGCGCCCUCGUCUCGCGUGCCCUGCGCGCCUCGGACUCCGCCCGCGGCCUCACCCGCUUCGACAACUACACGCAGGGCGGCGUGCUGCGCGCCGACAUCGUCCUCGGUGCUGCUGCCGCGCAGGCCGAGGAGCUGCCCGUGGCGCUUGCCGCACAGACCGGCUCCAGCACCCUCGUCGUCGCCGAGGCCGCUCUGCUCAAGGGCGUCGCGGCUUUCGACAACCUGGCACAGGGCGCCUCCGUCGUGCUCAACGCGUCGGGCUGGGAGGUGGCCGAGGUCGAGGCCAAGCUCAGCGCUGCCGACCGCCGCGCCCUCGCGGCUGCCAAUGCUCGUCUGCUCCUCAUCGACGCUGCCAGCGUCGCCGAGCAGCUGGCUGGUGGCGAGAAGAAGGCCGCCCUGCCGCGCGAGGUCGCCAGCGCCGUGCUGCUCGCCGCCUUCGUGCACGCCCACACCGGCGGUGACGCCUCGGCUGGCGAGGCCGUGGUGCGCAAGACGCUCGGCACUGCGCCGCUGGGUCCUGGUGGCGUGCCGCAGCUCGUGGCUGCCAGCAUCAAGGCGCUGCAGACUGUCGCCUUCGACGCCGCCGCCUGGCGUGCGGCCGAGGACGACGCUGCGGCCUCGCGCGCCGUCUCGGGCACGUACAACGCCUUUGCGCCCAACGCCGACACGGCCGUGUUCGCCGCGGCCGAGGGCACGGCGGCGUCGUCGCGCGCCACGUGGGCGCUGCCGGCGUGGCAGUUCCUCUUCUCCGAGGCGUACGCGCUCGACGAGCGUGCCUUGCGCCCCGACCUGCACGAGCAGACGUGGCUCGUCAAGUGCACGGAGAACCGCCGCCUGACGCCGACGGACUACGACCGCAACGUCUUCCACCUUGAGCUCUCGACGGCCGGCACGGGCCUCAAGUACGAGGUCGGCGAGGCGCUCGGCGUGCACGGCUGGAACGACGCCGACGAGGUGCGCGAGUUCCUCGAGUGGUACGGCAUGGACGGCAACGAGGUGGUGAGCGUGCCGUCGAUCGUGGCGCCCGGCCGCUGGGAGAGCCGCAGUGUCUUCCAGCUGCUGCAGCAGCGCCUCGACAUCUUCGGCAAGCCGCCGAAGCGCUUCUACGAGGCGCUCUCGGGCGUGGCGACGAACCGCGACGAGGCGCGCUGGCUGCGCUUCAUUGCCGCCGCCGAGGGCUCGGCGACGUUCAAGAAGCUGAGCGAGGUCGAGACGGUGACGUAUGCCGAUGUGCUGCGCAUGUUCCCCUCGGCGCGCCUGCCGCUCGACCAGCUCAUGGCCGAGGUGCAGCCCAUCGAGCCGCGCCACUACUCGAUCGCCAGUGCGCAGAGCGCCGUCGGCGACUCGGUGCACCUGCUCAUCGUCACCGUCGACUGGCAGACGCCGUCGGGCUCGGCGCGCUUCGGCCAGUGCACGCGCUACCUGGCCGCGCUCAAGCCGGGCGACGAGGUGACCGUGUCGCUGAAGCCGAGCAUCAUGAAGCUGCCGCCCAUCACGAGCCAGCCCAUCAUCAUGGCCGGCCUCGGCACGGGCGCCGCGCCCUUCCGCGCCUACAUCCAGGCACGCGCCGUGCAGAAGGCCCAGGGCAAGCCCGUCGGCCCGCUCAUCUACUGCUUCGGCUCGCGCCACGAGGCCAGCGAGUUCCUCUACGGCGAGGAGCUCAAGGCGUACGAGCGCGACGGCCUCAUCACGCUGCUCACCGCCUUCUCGCGUGACCAGAAGAACAAGAUCUACAUCCAGGACCGCAUCCGCGAGCACGCCGGCACCAUCACCAAGCUCCUCUCGGCGACGGAGGAGGAGCACAAGGGCUACGCGUGCCUGUGCGGUCCCACCUGGCCCGUGCCGGAUGUGACGCAGGCGCUCAUCGACGGCUUCGUCGACCAGGGCAUGAGCACUGAGCAGGCAGAGGAGAAGAUCGAGCACCUCAAGGAGGAGGAGCGCUACGUGCUCGAGGUCUACUAA